AUGCCACCUGCUGCUGCCCACCCACGCCAACCGCUGCUGCCCACCGACGCCACCCGCUGCUGCCCACCCACGCCACCUGCUGCUGCCCACCCACAUUACCUGCUGCUGCCCACCCACGCCACCUGCUGCUGCCCACCCACGCCACCUGGUACCGUCGCACCCAACACCACCUGCUGCUGCCCACCCACCCCACCUGGUGCUGCCCACCCACGCCAACUGCUGCUGCCCACCCACCCCACCCGCUGCCCACCCACGCCACCUGGUGCUGCCCACCACGCCACCUGGUGCUGCCCAUCCACGCCAAAUGCUGCUGCCCACCCACGCCACCUGGUGCUGCCCAUCCACGCCACCUGCUGCCCACCCACGCCACCUGGUGCUGCCCACCCCACCUACGCUGUUGUAACAUUACCGUUUACUACAACACCACCACGAUUACUAAUCUAG